ACCAACACAACAGACCGGAUAGAGAUUAACAGAGAACGCAAAGGUGUCCGAGUUCCAGUCAAUAACGAGUUGGAUGACCGUUACAAUCCCGAAAACUUUCAGUGUUUAAAAAUUGUGCGUACCGCAGUACAAAAAAUCAGCCAAAUCGUUUCGCUUUCCGUUUAGUCGUAGUUUAUUUGGCGCAAGUGCCGAGUGCAAACGCCUCGCUUAUCUGUGUUUAUCUUGUAGCAUUUCGGCUUUCCGCUCGGUUAACAGCCUGCACUUGACGCGGAGUGCAUUAGAAUACAAUUUUCCUAUAUACAUGCUUUUUCGACUAUGUGCAUAACUUCUAUUUAAAUCCAAACUUGCGUCUUUCACAGGCGUGACGCGAUACGCUGUAUUUACGUCGAAAAUCUACGCGACUCCAGUCGUCGCGAUUAUCAUGACUAAACUGAGGAUGCCCACAGCAAUUAUCGCUGCAUGUGAAAUAUUCCUUCCAAUGGCUAAUACGACGCGGUAAACUCAUCUGUGCCUGGCGCUUCUUAAAUAAAAAUUUUUCUGGAGUCACCUAAGAGCCACAUCGCUACAGUGAAAAAGAUCUACGACCGUCUCCCAAUGACAUAGUGCCGUGAGUGAAAUUAUACCGAAUGGACUUGAUACUACAGAGACAGAGUUUGCUUUUGAAUUUAUCACCUGUCGAAAUCACUGGCCAUUAUGUUUGUGUUCGAUUACUUCAAGAAGCUCUUCGGAUAUGCAGAUGAAAUCAGCCGGAAAAGAAAGAUACCUGAUUCGUCAAGUCCGAGCGAAGAUUUUAUACCAAUUAAAAAGCAGUGUCGUGAUCGCGAAAUGGGUAGUCUCAAAACUAAACUCAGAGACUAUCAUUACGGUCUCGAGGAUGACGGCAGUGUAAAAAUAUCUACAGAAUCAGUUUAUCAAUCAAAAUAUACCAAAAACUUACAAAACGGAAUCAACAACGAAAAUCGUGAAGGUUUCAGUUCUACAAACUUGUCGACAAGCAUGAAGCCACCCAAGAAAGACGCGUAUACUCCCCACUCCGCAAAAUGCAAUGGUUCUGGGAAUGACCGGUUUGCAAAGAAUAGCAAUCCAAACGUUAGCAAAUUUACAGACAGCGGGAUGUCAACGUUGGCAAAGACAUCUUUGUUACGAGAGAAAAAGCAGUAUGGAGAGAUACUGCAGAAUUAUAUUCCAGCCAGAAUACAGGAAAUCGACGUGACUAAAUUUACCAAGGCAAAAGGAUGUGCGAAAGAUCCUACAGAAUUGAUACAUUCGGAAAAGUACAAACCGUGCCAAAGGCAGACGCCGGGCAAAUCAACCAAGCUGCUUUUUCCUACCUCAAGUUCUUCGUGGUAUAGGCCUACUGAUUUCAAGGAUAGAAAUACCGUCCCAGAGACAAAGAUUGUCGAACAUGAUCGAAAUCAUAGAAAAUCCAUGGAACUGGGUAAUGUGACCACACAUGAAACUUCUUUGCCUCUUUAUCGUUCGAACAUCACUCGACAAUCCUUUGGUCAUAAAAACACCACCACGAACACACUGCGAGACUUACUCGGAUCGAAAGCAGUUCUAAAAAACGAUUAUGUCUCAGAAGUUUCAAAACGUUAUGAUGCACGCAUUCAAGAAUGUCAGAAGCAGGCCGAAGAGCUGAAGAGAGAGAAGGAUCUUCUUGCCAAGCAUAACCGACUGACCAGAGAAGCUGUACUUGAAGAACAGUUCCACCGUUCAUUGAGGCUAUGCGAACCAAUUCUCGACGAUACAGAAGAACCGGAAGAUGAACCACUCCCAAGUCUUACGAACGAAAUGCUCCAAGAAAUCAAGCAUGCCCUCAUUCCUCACCCACCGAAUCAGGUUCUGGUCGAAGGCUUUGGGCUUCAGAUUACGAGGAAAGACAUUCACACCCUAUCUGGCUUGAACUGGCUGAACGACGAAGUAAUCAACUUUUACAUGAAUUUAUUGAUCGUUCGGGGGAACAGUGGUGGGAAUUUCCCUAAAGUUCACGUGAUGAAUACAUUUUUCUACCCAAAACUACUUUCCGGGGGGCACUCGUCGCUGAAACGAUGGACACGGAAGGUUGAUAUAUUCUCAAAAGAAAUGCUCGUCGUUCCUAUACAUCUUGGAAUGCAUUGGUGCAUGUCAAUCGUCGAUUUUAGGGACAAAACUAUUCGUUACUUCGACAGUAUGGGUGGGAGUAAUCUUAAGUGCCUCAAUGCUUUGAAACAAUAUCUCCAAGAUGAGAGUUUGGACAAAAAGAAGCAGCCUUACAAUAUGACGGGCUGGAAAUUAGAGAAUGUCAAAGAUAUACCCCAGCAGAUGAACGGUAGCGAUUGCGGAGUAUUUUCAUGCAUGUUUGCCGAGUACUUGUGUGCCAACAAGAGACUGACUUUCAGUCAGAAGGACAUGCCGUAUUUCCGCAACAAAAUGGUAUAUGAAAUACUUAAAUCUAAACUUUUAUAACUAAAGUAUCUAUUUUGAGGAACUGCUGUGAGUUGAAAAAGCUCCCGAAUCUGCGAUACUGAGGUGAAUAAAUGAGGAAUGAAUUAUUUCCGCGUGUUUCUAUCCAUAAACUUUGACUGUAAUCGAGACAUUGUGUAACGAUGAUAUCACGUGGAAAGAUAUUCUCAAUCACCUCAACGUUCUGGACAGAGUUUAUUCUGAAGAUUUACCGACAGUGAUGCUUAGAUUAGGGAUCUGUUAAUUGAUAAUGUUAAUCAUUGCAUCACAAUGUGAUCAAUAUGAGAACUUCAACGCUGUCUGGCACUCCGCAGAUUACAAAAACUUGGUGAUUAAUAAAGUUGCUUUCAAUUGUAACGUUAAGCAUUAAACUUUGUUAUCAUCUAAGCAAACAAUAACAUUCAAGUGAAUCAUUCAUAUAUUUAAAAAAAACUUUCAACAAAUUUUUCCCCUUGCGCACUGAAGAAAGAGAACGAAAAAGAAAGCAGACUUUUACACUGACGACUGAAAUGAAAAUUCAUUAAGAUUUGUUACGAAUGUUUAUUAUUAUUUACUUCGCAAAUCAUCUGCAAGGAAAAAUCCUAAACCUCGUAAAUCGAAUAAUAUUUAGCGUUUUGUAAUCAUCUUACAAGAUUUAAAACGUCAUUAAUUUUGUAAUAAACUUUAAAUCUAACCAAGCAAUGUUUCUUUAUUAUUGUCAAGUUUGGAUAAUGUAAUUUAAUCUGCUUUUGUCACAGAAUUUUAAUCUUCUGUUUAUUGCAUUGGUGGUUACUAGUCAUUUGUUUUUCAAUUGUAAUUUAAACACUCAAUAAUUAAUUGUUGAUUGUUUGAGUCUUCUAAGAAUUUAUUCAUAUUCAUAGGGUUCGUCGAGUCAUCCAUCUGUGACAAGUCAUCAUUUUCUAAACGCAUAAAUUUUCAUCUUUGCCGAUGAACCUAGAUCAGUACAAAUGUUUAAACUUUUGAGUCAUUAUUGCCCACUCCUACAAACAGCCCCCAACUUCAGUUAUAAAAAAUGGUGUAGCGUGUACGCAUGAUGACAGUUUGAUCCAAUGUGCAGACAAUCCUGUUAU